AUGGGCUACCCAGAGACUUUCGAGGGCUUCGUCGUUGACUCGCCCAAGACCUGGAACCAGUUCCACCGCCACGAGCUCAAGCCCAAGCCCUUUGGCGAUGACGAUGUCGACGUCCAGAUCGAGUGCUGCGGCGUCUGCGGGUCGGACGUGCACACCGUCACCGGCGGCUGGGGCGAGUUCGAGGGUCCUCUCUGCGUCGGGCAUGAGGUUGUCGGCAAGGCCGUCAAGGUCGGAAAGAACGUGUCGGAGAUCAAAGUGGGCGAUCGCGUCGGUGUUGGUGCCCAGGUGUGGGCCUGCCUGAAGUGCGAUGUCUGCAAGAGCGCCAACGAGAACUACUGUCCUCACUUGGUUGACACCUACAACGCCAAGUACCCAGAUGGCUCCGACGCCACCGGCGGCUGGGCCUCUCACAUCCGCGCCCACCAAUACUUCACCUUCAAGAUCCCCGACGCCAUCCCGUCCCAUCUCGCCGCCCCCCUUCUCUGCGCGGGCAUCACCACUUACUCCCCACUAGUCCGCGCCAAGGUCGGCCCCGGCAAGACGGUCGGCAUCAUCGGCAUCGGCGGCCUCGGCCACCUGGCCAUCCAGUGGGCGCGCGCCUUGGGAGCCGACACCUACGCGCUGACUCACUCGGAGUACAAGACGCAGGACGCCAAAGAGCUGGGCGCGCAGCACGUCAUCAUCACGGGCGACGACGAGAAGUGGGCGGAGCCGUACAAGUUCAAGUUCGACUUCAUCCUGAACUGCGCCAACGCCACGCACAAGUUCGACAUGAAGACGUAUCUUUCUCUCCUCAAGGUCAACGGCGAGUUCCACAUGGUCGGCAUCCCCGAGGAGCCACUCGCGCCCCUGGAGCCGUUUGCCUUCCUGGCGAACGGAUCCAAGCUGUCGGCCAGCCACUUGGGAAACAACCAGGAGAUGAAGGCCAUGUUGCAGCUGGCGGCGGAUAAGAAGAUCUUCCCCAAGGUUGAGACGCUCCAGCUGGGUGAGGAGGGGUGCAAGGAGGCGGUGGAGAGGGUUAAGGAGGGUAAUAAGGUGCAUUAUCGGUUAACCUUGACUGGCUUUGAUAAGGUUUUCGGAAAGGUUGAGUAUGGUGCUUAA